GCACACACGCACACACACACGCUGGCCUGGGUUUUUCGAAAUCUUCCAUAUUUCAUAAGGAGCACAUGAUCCUAAAUGUAUAAAUACUGCAGCGUGGAUGCAUGUGAACUAUCAGAAUAGCUUUGAGAUAUUCGCCUGCGUUCAAGAACUCAACAAGAAGCAGCCGAGAACAAGAUGAAGCUCUGCAUCCUGCUAGUGCUCGGGACCCUGCUGGUUCUCGUCAAUGCGAUGCCGCCAAUUGGCAGGGACUACAACUCCCACUGCAGGUGCCUGAAGGUGGAGUCGAGGAUGAUUCCUCCAGACAGCCUCAGGAGCAUCAAGCUCUUCCCCGAGGGUCCUCACUGCCCAGACACAGAAGUCAUCGCUGGACUGGCGAACGGAGACAAGGUUUGUCUGAACCCCCGAUCGUCCUGGGUGAAGAAGCUGAUUCAGUUCGUCCUUGAGAAACAGCUGCAUCGGCAGGGAGGAGCAGUUCCUCAGAAACAGGCCUAACGCCCACGCAGCAAACAAUAAACUUCUCAUCUGCAACUACGAGCCACUCUGCUUUACUUUUACUGAUAACAUAUUCAUUUUUAUUUUAUCUUUUUUUGGCACAAGUUCUUUUUUUGUGCAUGUCUUCUUUCAGUAUGUUGUUGAUGUGUCACAGGGAGUGCUCGAUGCAAGGUGUGGUUUGUAAGGAGCGAGUGGUAUGUAAACAGUCCAACACUGCGUGUGUUUGUGAAAGUGCGUCUGUGCAGAGACUGAUAUUAUCAACGGACAUUGAAUGUACUACAAAAUACUACAAAAAUACUACAAAAUACUUAUAGCCAAUAGUGUAGCAAAGCACUUCACUCAAGUACUAGAAUGUAGAUUUGAGUGUCUGUUUUUAACAUGUGCAACUUUACUCAACUCUAUUGUGUUGUAUCUUUUACCUCACUACAUUCGUCUGACAGCUUUUGUUUAGUUUCCCCAUUCCUUGGCUGUCUAGUCACAGCCAUUUUCUUCUGAAUUUGUUGAUUUUGAUUUGUUUCUGGUAAAUGGAAAGUUACAUUUUUUCUUUGAGAGCCUUUUUCCUGUCACAAAAACACGUUAUUUUAACCAAGCUCAAACCAAGUUUAAUCAGUGGUAUUUUCUGUGUAAUCUAACUGGAGCCUUAACAGGAAAUAAACUGUCUUUUUUCUUGUA